UUCAUGAGGAAAACAAUCACUUUCAUGUUUUUUAAGAAAGAAAAACUCACUGUUCAAAAAUGAGUUCCACUCGUUUCAUACAAUUGUCACUCAUUCUUAUGGUCGUUGUUUUGCUUGUCCUAGACCAGUCCUCUUCUGCUCAUACUCAGUUAGGAAUAGUAAGGAAGAUUGGAGGAAGAAAAAUGCUGGAAAAUAUCCAUAUUCAGGGACCGGAAAAACAUCACAUUAACGUUCAGGUGGAAACACAUGAGCCUAAUGCAGCAUCGAAGAAAGCCAGCUCUAGCAAGACAACUUUGAAGGCACAUCAUAAUGAGAGAGCAAAGAAAGAUGAUUCUAAGGAUCAGUUUCUUGAUGCAGCAGAUGAAGUAGCAAACCUGAUGUGGAAGGAUUAUAGUGGAAGGGCCCGGCCUCGCCGCAAGCCUCCAAUCCAUAAUUACUAUCCUACAACUAAACAUUAGAAGUUAUGUUGCUCGACUCUCAAAAUAUGUUGCUGCAUUCAUGUCGGAUCCUCCAAAUAUGUUAAAGCACUAUUUUUGGAGGAUCCAAUACACACCAAUCAAUAUUUUUGAAAAGGUCGAGCAAUAUAGAAAUUAGAAGUACACUUUAUAUUUAUUAUAUUACUUUUUACCAUAGUACGAUAAGUGAUGUUUAGGUUUGGGCCUCACAAUUUUCCACCCUACAAGUGAAGUGCCCCUCGAAUAGUAUAAAUUAUAGGGAUGGAUCACUUAUCUUCUUUUGGCUACUUUGGUUGUAAAAACAAGCAUAGGGAAGUUGUUAUGUGACCUACCUAUUUUUAAUAUUGUCACUGUAUGUAAUAGGGUUGUAGAAUUGAUUAGGCACUGUACAUUUGGUUGUA